AUGGAUUGCCAAGAAAAUGAAUACUGGGACCAAUGGGGACACUGUGUCACCUGCAAACUUUUUUGGCCUGGACAAGAGCUCUCCAAGGACUGUGGUUAUGGAGAGGGUGGAGAUGCAUACUGCACAGCCUGCCCUCCCUGCAGAUAUAAAAGCAGCUGGGGCCACCAUGGAUGUCAGACUUGCAUCACCUGUGCUGUCAUAAAUCGUGUCCAGAGUAACUGUACAGCCAACUCUAAUGCUGUCUGUGGAGACUGUCUGCCUAGAUUCUACAAAAAACCACGUAUUGGAGGCCUGCAGGACCAAGAGUGCAUCCCAAGCACAAAGUGGACCACCACCUCUGAGAUUCAGUGUGCCUUCCAGUUGAGUUUAGUUAAAGAUGUACUCACAGUGCCCCAUCAAGAGGUCACACUUCUUGCACUGGUGAGAAGUCUGUUUGGUGGUAUUUACCUUGGCCUUCCUGGGCCCUUCUUUCUCUAUUGCUAGUGGCUCUUCAACAGACAUUGCCAGCGUGUCUGCAGCGGUGCGACUGAACAGCCCGGGCACGGCUCGCAUGCACCGGUGGAAGUGAAGCCAGAGCCUGGUAGAAGCCUGUAUGGAAAAGCCCUGCGUGCACCGGCAGCAGAGCCAGAGGGAGCAGGCACACUCCCAGGAGCUGACUGGAAUCCGAGCCCAAUGCACAGCCACCAGGGCCAGAAUCAAAAGCCGCUGCUGCCACACAUCUGCCCAGCAGGGUCACCACUAACAUGGAGGAGUGCACCUGGCCUGCCUGCCACUCCCUGCAAGGAUCCGCGUUGCUCUGACAGACACCCGGCCCACAGCAUCUUAGGAGAUUAA